CUGAACAAAAAGGAUAUUUUCCCACAAAUGUGGGCUGUCUCUGGAUUUAGUAAAUUCAUCAUUAAGAUUACUGGUCACUUAAUCAAAACUGGUGGGUAAGAAAGAUCAUUACAUUCUUGGCAACUCCAAAAUAAUUCUGAAUUCCUCUCCCUCUUUCUUAACAAAGGAGCCAUGAGGGAAAACAACCAGUCCUCCACCCUGGAAUUCAUCCUCCUGGGAGUUACUGGUCAGCAGGAACAGGAAGACUUCUUCUUCAUCCUCUUCCUGUUCAUUUACCCCAUCACAUUGAUUGGAAACCUGUUCAUCAUCUUGGCCAUUCACUCUGACAUUCACCUUCACAUCCCCAUGUACUUUUUCCUUGCCAACCUUUCCUUUGUUGACAUCUUAUUCUCCUCUGUAACCAUCCCCAAGAUGCUAACCAACCAUCUCAUGCACAGCAAAGCCAUCUCCUUUGGAGGAUGCCUAGCACAGUUGUAUUUUAUGAUUGCCUUGGGUAACACAGAUAGCUAUAUCCUGGCUGCGAUGGCAUAUGAUCGUGCCGUGGCCAUCAGCCGCCCACUUCAUUACACAACAAUUAUGAGCCCACGGACUUGUGUCUUGCUAGUUGUUGUGUCCUGGGUGGUUGGAAAUGCCAAUGCCUUCCCGCACACUCUGCUCACAUCCAGUCUGUCCUUCUGUGGCAAUAAAGAAGUAGCCAACUUCUACUGUGACACUAUCCCUUUGCUGAAGCUCGCCUGUUCUGACAUCCGUUUUAAUGUGAAGGUGAUGUACCUAGGGGCUGGCGUUUUCUCUGUACCCUUACUAUUCAUCAUCAUCUCCUAUAUUCAGGUCUUUUCCACAGUCCUGAGGGUUCCAUCCACCAAGGGUGUGCUCAAAGCCUUCUCUACCUGUGGUUCCCACCUCACUGUUGUUACUCUAUAUUAUGGGACAGUCAUGGGCAUGUAUUUCCGCCCUCUGUCUAGUUACAGCCUAAAGGAUGCAGUGGUAACUGUUAUGUACAUGACAGUGAUCCCAAUGUUAAAUCCUUUCAUUUAUAGCCUGAGAAAUCAGGACAUGAAGGCUGCCCUGGGGAAACUCUUCAGAAAAAGACUCUCCUCAUAA